GGCGGGGCCCCGUCCGGCUCCGUCAAGUAGUCCCGGGAACUGCCGGCGCCGGUGAGCCGGUGGGCGGCCGGAGGCCUGAGCGCUGGGCCGUUCCUUCCCGCCCUCGGUCGUUGCCCGCUCGGCCCGCCAUGCGCCCGUCGGCCCCGGCCGCUCUGGGGCCGCUGCUGCUGCUGGGGCUGUUGCUGCUGCCCGGCGAGGCCACGCAGAAGCCGACACCCUGCCAGGGCUGCCGGGAGCUGGUGGACAAGUUCAACCAGGGAAUGGUGGACACGGCCAAGAAGAACUUCGGCGGUGGGAACACGGCGUGGGAGGAGAAGUCGCUGUCCAAGUAUGAGUUCAGCGAGGUCCGCCUCCUGGAGAUCGUGGAGGGCCUGUGCGGGAGCAGCGACUUCGAGUGCAACCGCUUGGUGGAGGAGCACGAGGAGCUGCUGGAGGCCUGGUGGCUGCGGCUGAAGAAGGAGCACCCUGACUUGUUCGAGUGGUUUUGUGUGAAAACGCUGAAGGUCUGCUGUUCUCCAGGAACGUACGGACCGGACUGCCGGGCGUGCCAGGGCGGGGCUGCGAGGCCCUGCAGCGGGAACGGCCGGUGCAGCGGAGACGGCAGCAGAGAGGGGGACGGGACCUGCCAGUGCCACCCGGGCUACCGCGGGGCCCUGUGCACGGACUGCGUGGACGGCUACUUCAGCGCGCUGCGGAACGCCACGCACAGCGUGUGCACAGCCUGCAACGAGUCCUGCAAGACCUGCUCGGGCCCCACCAACAGGGACUGCGCCCAGUGCGAAGUGGGCUGGGCCGAGGAGGACGGCGCCUGCGUGGACGUGGACGAGUGUGCGGCGGAGACGCCCCCCUGCGGCCCCCAGCAGUACUGCGAGAACGUCGGCGGCUCCUUCAACUGCGAAGAGUGCGACCCCACCUGCGUGGGCUGCACGGGCAAGGGCCCGGGGCGGUGUAAGGAGUGCAUCCCCGGCUACACGAAGGAGAGCGGCCAGUGUGCAGACGUGGACGAGUGCGCGCGGCCGGAGAAGGCGUGUGCCAGGACGGGCGAGAACUGCUACAACACCCCCGGGAGCUACGUCUGCGUGUGUCCCGAAGGCUUCGAGGAGACGGAGGACGCCUGCGUGCCGGCACAGCCCGCGGGGGGCGAGGUCGCAGAGGAGGCCACAGAGGAGGUCACAGAGGAAGACGCAGUGCGGCCACCCACGCGCGAGGACUUGUGAGGCUCGCCCCCAGCCGGAGCCCGACCUGCCCUUUAAAUUAUUCAGACUGACGUCCGGGAAGCCCCGCCCCCCGCCCCCGGGCGGCCGGAGACGCUGCCUUCAACACGGCUGACACUCAUUCGACCCUUCAAAAAGCUGCAUUUUUGGUUCUUAAACAUAUUUGUAUAUUUUGAUACUGUUCUUUGUAAUAAAAGUCACCACUGAAGGCGGGCA